AUGAUCCUUUACACUGUCGGAUUGCUUGCAGUGAUUGUGCUUCUUGCACUCAAGUACGUCUACUCUUACUGGGAUCGACAUGGCAUUCCGAACCUAAGGCCGGAAAUUCCUUACGGCAAUCUACGAAUUCUGGCAGAAAAGAAGGAAUCGUUCAACAUUGCUGUUAACAACCUGUACGCUCGUUCGACGGACCGACUCGUUGGAGUGUAUCUGUUCUUCCGGCCGGCUCUUCUCAUCCGAGACGCACACCUGGCCAAACGUAUCAUGGUCAACGAUUUUCAACAUUUCCACGAUCGCGGUGUCUACUGCAACGAACACAGCGACCCCAUGUCGGCCAAUCUGUUCGCCCUGCCAGGGCAAAGGUGGAAAAACUUGAGAGGAAAACUCACGCCAACCUUCACGUCCGGGCAGCUGCGAAACAUGCUUCCCACGUUUCUGGAUGUGGGCCAAAAGUUGCAGCGAUAUCUCGAGGAUCUGGCCAUCGACAAUCAGAUUGUGAAUAUGCGCGACAUUGUGUCGCGUUACGUGCUUGAUGUGGUCGCGUCCGUGUUUUUCGGUUUUGAAUCCAACUGUCUGCACGAUCCCGACGAUCCGUUCCGUGUAGCGCUUCGGGAUUUCAACAAUCCAGAAAGCUUCCUCAACAACAUCCGAUCGACCGGAGUGUUUCUGUGUCCGGGAUUGCUCAAGUUUACCGGCAUCAGCUCACUAGCGCCUUCGAUGAAGAAGUUCACGACGGAAGUGAUCAGUUCGCAUCUGCAUCAGCGGGAAACGGGUCAGGUUACGAGGCGCGAUUUCAUCCAGAUGCUAACCGAUCUCCGUCGCAAAGCGGGAAACAAUGGGGAGGAAUCGCUCACCGAUGCACAGUGUGCGGCAAAUGUGUUUCUGUUUUAUGCCGCUGGUGCAGACACCUCAACUGGGACAAUUUCCUUUGCGCUACACGAGCUAACGCACAACCCGGAAGCGAUGGAAAAACUUCGGCGUGAGGUAGAUGGUAUGAUGGAGCGAUGCAAUGGUGAAAUCACGUACGACAACAUUAACCAGCUGAAGUACCUCGAUAUGUGCAUUAAAGAAACGCUACGAAUAUAUCCUGCACUUGCUGUACUCAACCGAGAGUGCACGAUCGACUAUCCUGUCCCCGAUAGUGAUAUCGUUAUUCGCAAAGGAACUCAAGUGAUCAUUCCCUUGCUUGGGAUAAGUAUGAAUGAGAAAUACUUCCCCAAUCCGGAACUCUUUACCCCCGAGCGGUUCGAUGAGGCCACGAAGAACUACGAUCCGGACGCGUACUAUCCGUUUGGUGUUGGACCACGCAACUGCAUCGGUUUACGACAAGGCCUUCUGCUGUCCAAGAUAGCGCUCGUACUGCUGCUGUCCAGAUUCAACUUUUCUGCCAUCAUACCACGAAAGCUUAGCUUUGAACCGGUUGCUGUCACACUGGCACCGAAAGGAGGACUUCCGAUGAAGAUUGAAAGGCGAUAG